UAUUUUGUCUGGAAAAUUUAUUCGAAAACAGUGUUUGUGACUUGCACUGUAAAUCUCAAGUCGUGGGAAUCUCAUUCCUCCGUCGUUCACGGUUUCUCCGACCACCGUUUGGUACCAGUGCCUUCCAUAGCCUGAAUCAUUUCAUUUUCAAAUAAUGAAUUGAUUUUUUGUACUUUCUCUCUCAAUCGAAUGAAGGGAUCAGAAAAUCAACAAGAUCGUAUCUACUCAUCGAAGGAAGAGUCGGAAGAAGAAAUUCUCUUUCAUCUAGACGAUUCUUCUUUGACCUCCAAAUCCUUCUCCAAUUACAGAAGUGCGAUGACCACUAUGUCCGAUGACUCUUACCACCCCCUCGCCGUUCCAGCCGACACCGAUCCUUUACUCUCACCAGCAGCUCCAGCUCCAGCUACAGCUCCACCUCCUCCACCGCCCGAAAACCCUAAUUCCGACAAUUAUUCGCACAUUGACCCUUUGACAUAUGCGGAUGUGAACUUCAUGCCUCCAAAUACAGACGGUGAAGAACCGCGAUCUACCGAAAACCCUAGAGGAGAAUCUGAAGGCUUGGUACCGGUGUCUACGCCACCACCGCAACCGUAUUUGAAAAUAACAGUGUCGAAUCCACAGAAAGAAGUAGAAUCAUCCAAUUCAAUCUAUCCGGGGAGUAAUACUUAUGUCACUUAUCUAAUUACGACGAAAACGAACAUACCAGAGUUUGGUGGACCGCAGUUUACUGUCCGGCGGCGGUUCAAGGACGUGGUGACAUUGUCAGAUCGACUAAUGGAGGCAUACCGAGGAUUUUUUAUACCUCCAAGGCCAGAUAAGAGUGUGGUUGAGAGUCAAGUAAUGCAAAAGCACGAGUUUGUUGAACAAAGAAGAUUUGCAUUGGAGAAAUACUUGCAGAGAUUGGCUGAGCAUCCUGUGAUUAGGCAAAGUGAUGAGUUGAGAGUGUUCUUACAGGUUCAGGGGAAGCUUCCCUUGCUCCCGACUGCUCCUGUAACCUCAAGAAUGCUUGAUGGAGCAACAAAAUUGUCAAAACAGUUGCUUGGGGAUAAUUCAGGUGGUGGCAGUGUUAGGAUUCAGCCUCAGGAUGUUGUGCAGCCUGCAAAAAGUAGGUGGGAUUUUCUAAGAAUUGUGAAGGAGAUGAACCAAUCUGUGAACAACGAUUGGGGAGGAUCAAAGCCACCUGUAAACGAAGAUGAUACUGAGUUUCUCCAAAAUAAAGAGAGACUCCUAAAUCUUGAGAAGCAACUUUCGAAUGCUUCCAAGCAGGCGGAAUCUUUUGUAAAAGCUCAACAAGAUAUGGCAGAGACAAUGGGGGAUUUUGGUCUUUCAUUUAUUAAACUGACAAAAUAUGAAAACCAGCAAGCAGUUCUUGAUACUCAGAGAAAAAGAGCCACUGACAUGAAGAAUCUUGCUACUUCUGCCAUUAAAGCUAGCCGACUAUGGAGGGAAUUGAAUUCACAAACUGUUAAGCAUUUGGAUACAGUGCAUGAUCAGAUGGGAUUAAUCCUAGGAGUCCACACUGCAUUCUCAGAUCGUUCUAGCGCAUUAUUAACUGUUCAAACUCUUACAACAGAACUCGAUUCUUUAUACUCACAAGCAGAAAAAAUAGAAACAUCUUCCAAAACUUUUGGCAAUGAUAGGUCAAAGGCACUCAAAUUGGGAGAGUUAAGGGAAGCAAUCAGAGUCACAGAGGAUGCAAAAAGCUGUGCUACUAGAGAGUAUGAGCGGAUUAAGGAAAAUAACAGGACAGAAAUUGAAAGACUGGAUAAAGAAAGGAAGGUUGAUUUCAAAAACAUGUUGAAGGGAUUUGUUCUUAAUCAGGUAGCAUAUUCAGAGAAAAUCGGGAAGGAGUGGGGAAAAGCUGCAGAGGAGAGCAGUGGAUAUGCUAAACAUGGUGGUUGAGGUUCAGACAAAGGGCAAAAUGGUCAUUUUACAUGGACAUAACGAUGGAUGAUGAAAGACGUGACUAAAGGUGGUUUUGGAAACAUGGGACAAAUGAAACAUAUGUAUGACAUUCAUAUAGAUAGUAAUUACAAAAAUUAUAAAUUGAUUUUAUUUUGUAAUAAUCUCUCCUUUGGGAUGCAUGUUUUUAAAAGUAACCCUAGGGAUAGAGUUGACAAACAAAUAAAUGUGUAACUUUUAAUACGCGAUCAUCUUUAAUAACUUUUGUGCAUUUUUCUA